UACUCUGCCGCGGCUUUGUUUUCACGGCACUCGCGACGAAUUUAGCGACGAAGAAGCAAGCAAAGAGACAGACAGAGAUAGAGAGCCCGAUUGAGUGAGCCCGAGAGUCAGAGAUAGAGAGCCUGAGAGAGCUGAGAGAGAGAUAGGGAGAUAGAGAGACUGAGAUCGAGGUUGAGUGAUAUUGAAUGAUGAAGGGGCCGAGGGGGCGAAUGAUUUUGGUGAAAGCAGUAGCAACGCGGGGCGAUGGACACGUGAGAGCGUGCGCUUGAGCUCCGCUCGCCGAGUGAGGAAGGAGAUGUAUCAGCAGCUGUAUCACUUGCGGCUGAUUCGGGGGUGAAGAGCAAGCCCGCGAUGGCGUCACCACGUAAUGAUGUUGCCACCUUCAAGGAGAUCCGGGAUAUAUACGGGUUCGCCGUUCGGCAACAGCAUUUGGAGCGGUAUCGUGAGUAUGCGAGUAUUUACAAGAAAGAAGAAGUGGAGCGAUCGGACCGAUGGGAGCAGUUUUUGUGUUCGCUGAAAAAGGAGGAAGUGGAAAAUGGUGAAGCCGAGCCGUCGGAGGGUUGUGUCGUUAAUGGAUUGUGUAGAGGUGCGGUUGGGAUUGAUGGUAAUUUGGAUGGGAAUUUGCGAAGGUUCGGCUCGCACAGGAGUUCCUUGGCGGCUCUAGAACAGGAGUUGAAGAACCUUAGGAAGAGGAAGGCAAGUAGGCUAAACACGGACGGUAGCAUUGCCUUGGAUUCGGAAGGAAAUGAGAGCGGAGUAAAUGGCAAUGGCAAAAUUGUGGGUGCUGGAGGUGGUCCCAGAGUUGAAGAAGAUGAGGAUUCUGAUGACGAGUUUUAUGACGUUGAAAGGACAGAGGUUGUGUCUGACGCAGGAGACCAGAGUACUAGUGAUGUGCUGGAACCGGCUCCUUGGGUUGAAGAGCUUAAAGUACUUGUUAGUGGUGGUGUCCCUGUGGCGCUGAGGGGAGAGUUAUGGCAGGUGUUCACGGGUGCAAAGGAUCGGCAUGUAAAUGGUUACUAUCAGGAACUCCUCGCCCGUGAAGUUGAUCACGUCAGUAGUUGCGAUGGUUCAGUUGAAAAUAACCUCGUGACAGAGAAACCUCGCGCUGUUGAAAAGUGGACUGCUCAAAUCGAGAAGGAUCUACCCAGGACUUUCCCUGGUCAUCCUGCUCUUGACAAGGAAGGUUUAAACGCUCUGAGGCGCAUGCUCACGGCAUAUGCCCGCCACAAUCCUUCUGUUGGAUACUGUCAGGCAAUGAAUUUUGUUGCUGCACUUCUGUUACUCUUAAUGCCUGAAGAAAAUGCAUUCUGGACGUUAACUGCAAUUAUCGACGAUUACUUUGAGGGCUACUAUUCAGAAAGAAUGGUGGAAGCACAGGUAGACCUACUUGUAUUUGAGCAGCUGGUUCGCGAACGGUUCCCCAGAUUAGCAACUCAUCUGGAGAGCCUUGGAGUGCAGGUAGCAUGGGUUAGUGGCCCUUGGUUCCUUUCCAUCUUUGUGAACGUCGUACCAUGGGAGACUGUUCUGAGGGUAUGGGAUGUCCUCUUGUACGAAGGAAACCGUAGCAUGCUGUUCAGGACUGGUCUGGCUCUCAUUGAAAUUCAUGCCGGAGCAUUGUUGCAACAACGCGACACUGGUGAUGCAGUAGCAACGCUUCAGUCAAUGGGUGAGACCACGUUCGACAGCAGCGAGCUUGUCUUGUUGGCAUGCCUGGGGUUUCAAGAAUUCAAUGAGAAACUUCUGCAGGAACUUCGCACCAAACACAGACCUGUUGUGCUUGCUGCGCUUGAUGAAAGGUCGAUGGAGCUUAACCUUUGGCGCUCUGCAAAUGGCAUCGGAUCUAAGCUAGACAAAUUAAGGACCUCCUUUGAUCGCGCAAUAAUUGCCAACAGCCCUGGUGGGACAAAAGCCUAUCUAGAUCUUGAAGAUGGGAAUGAUACUGACAACGACGGCACUGACCUUCAGGAACAAGUGACCUGGCUGAAGACGGAGCUUUGUCGUGCCCUUGAGCUUGCAAAAGCAUCAGCUCAAAGAGCCGAUCAGUUGGAAACGGCUCUGAUGGAGAUGGUGAAAGGGGACAACCGACGUUUGCUUUCUGCUCAAGUGGAGAGUUUAGAGGCCGAGGUUGACCAGUUGAAAAAGGGAUUAGCCGAGAAGCAAGAACAAGAGGCAGCCAUGGUUCAGGUGUUGUUGCGAAUGGAGCAAGAGCAACACGUUGCAGAGGACGCCCGCCGAUUUGCGGAGCAGGAGGCUGAGACGCACCGGCGUACUGCUGAAGAAGCGGAGAAAACAGCUGCCGAGGCGGUAGCUGCUCUGUCAGCUAUGGAAAAGAGAGCUAUUAUGGCAGAAAGCAUGCUAGAGGCAACUGUCAACUUUCAAACUGGUGGUCCACAAAAUUUCAGACGCAACUCCGAUGAUAGUGCAUCUAGGGGCAUGUAUCGCUCUCAUAGCUCUCCUGCGUCCAAAGAUUCUGAUUCCGUUUGGGAAAGAAGAAACAGCACGGGCAAGAUGGAAGGGGCAGAAGACACUCCCAAUAACACUGCUAGUAAGCCAGGUCUCUUUGGCCGUCCGUUCUCAUUAAGCUGGCGGGACAAAAGCAAGCUUAGUGUGGAGGUGAAGGCGAAUGAGUCGGACAGAAUGCUCGACCGAGUCCCAUUUUCUGCACCCUCGAGCUUAGGCACUGAGCAUAUCCACACCAAACCAAACGACAGUUAAAAUCAAUAUAGAUAGAUAUAUAUAUAUAUAUAUAUAUAUAUAUAUAUAUAUAUACACAAUCAGUUAGACUGAGGAAUCAGGUAAUUUUGUUAAGGAAGAUCAUUUUUGAUCGGUCAUUUUCGUUCCUAGUAUGAAUUGUUGGUUUGGAAAAUCUCCAGCCUCAACUUCGUGUAGUUGAGUCUAUUCCAACUUCCUGGAGCUAAGCAGUGGUUUGUGGCUUCCUUUUUGAAGAUAUUUUCAUGGUCAUUUUGCACAUUUCGGCUCACUUGAAGUGGGUAUGCGACAUAAUCAAAUCAGCAUGUUGCUGAAAUUUGUGUAAUCGCUUCACACCAUUUAUCACUUUCAAUAUAUCGAGUUCCUUCUUAAAAUCUUUGAAA